GACCGUUUCCUUGUUCUCAAGAAAAAAAAAAAACGACAACAACUACUCUCUCUCUCUCUCUCUCUCUGCCUUCUUGGCGUCUUUUCUAACUGCAAUAGCUAUCUCAUUUUCCUAUUCCAUCCGGUUUCACCUUUGUGGGAUUCUUUGACCCACUUCUUUCUUUUUCUUUCUUUCUUUCAAGCCCUCAUAAAAAACAUAUCUUUUUUUUUUUUUUCUAAACCAAGGUAGCCUUUUUCUUUUGUCAUUCUCGUUGUGCGGAAGAUUCUCUACCAAGUGGGUUUUUGGCUUCUAUUUGUGUCUUUUUCUCUGUGUUGAUGGGUUGUUGAUGUCUCUGGCCAUUGGAGUGGUUUCGAAUUCUGAAAGCAUGGGUUUUGAUGACAAAUUCAAAGACAAUGAGGGUGCAGAGGAUACCUCUCGGGUUGUAAAAACUGCUACUGAUGAAGAAAGUGGCGACGAAGGGGGAGGGACCCUUAGCAGAUACAGGAGUGAAAGUUCCAUUGCUGCAACCGAGGAUGAAGAUGAUGAUGAGGAUAGGAAGAUUGAAUUGGGCCCUCAGUGCACAUUAAAGGAGCAACUCGAAAAGGAUAAGGAUGAUGAAAGCUUGAGGAGAUGGAAGGAGCAGCUUCUUGGAAGUGUUGACAUGAAUUCUGUUGGAGAAACUCUGGAGCCAGAAGUGAAGAUCCUUAGCCUUGCAAUCAAGUCCCCUGGUAGACCUGAUAUUGUUCUUCCAAUACCGGAGGGAGGAAAUGUCAAGGGUUCGUGGUUUACUUUGAAAGAAGGUAGCCGUUACAGGUUGAUGUUCACUUUUGAGGUCAGCCACAACAUCGUUUCAGGUCUCAAAUACACCAAUACUGUGUGGAAAACUGGUAUCAAAGUUGACAGCAGCAAAGAGAUGAUUGGAACCUUCAGCCCCCAAACAGAGCAUUACACACAUGAGAUGCCUGAAGAGACAACACCAUCUGGGAUGUUUGCUAGAGGGACAUAUUCAGCUAGAAGUAAGUUUGUUGAUGAUGACAACAAGUGCUACUUGGAGAUCAACUACGCUUUUGAUAUCAGAAAGGACUGGCAGUAGGAGUCAAAUGACUUCUCCUUCAGUGAUAUGUUUAAUCCUUAAAUCAUUGUUAUUUGUACUGAAAUCUCCUUCAGUAUUUACUUGUUCUUUUUCAUUGUUUAUUUAAUUCUAAUCCUGUCUGAGACCGGUAAUCUUAACAAUGAUGAGAGGAUUUGGCGGAUAAAAUUGGUAUUCAUUUGAU